AUGGCCAAAUCUGAAGAAAGGCCACACUCUCAACAUGGGAAGGUUCAGCACUUGAGUGAUUAUAAUAGCUUUGUAGGUUUGAGUAGGACUCACGACUUCCUGCGCGAAACACUUGGUGCGUUUGGAUUAGAGAGUAGUGUUCCAGUCUUGAAGACUAGUUUCGAAUCAGGUCCAUCUAAAGAAGUUAAAGAAUCAUGUGAACUGGCUCUUAAUCGAAUUAGGGAGCUAACAAACGCGAAGCCUAAUGAAUUAAGAUGUUUCAAUUUGUUGGAAGCGGCUCCAUUGCUCUUUCGCCCUGUGCCAGAAUUAAGUAUAUUAUUCGGGGAAGUUCUAUUGAAUGAAGACAAUAGCCUAUAUGAGCGUUGCUCUGCUCUUUUUUCACUUCGACUGUAUUGUCUUCAUCCUACCUCUUGUACUGAGGAAGCAAUCUCGGCUAUUAUUGAAUCCCUAUAUGCAGAAAGCGCAGUUCUACGGUACCAUUUGGUUCUGGUUGUAACUAGAGGAAUUGACUCUAUUACUUGA